UUAUCUGUCUAGCUCUAUCUGUUAACAUGAUUUUGCUUGGAUAGCUGACUACAUAAGCCUGCAUAGUGUGUACUUUUGGGAAACAAUAUAACUAACUAAUCAAAUUGUGAAACGGUCUCGGAUCUGAACAUUAACAUGUAUCGCUUGCGGUACGGUUUUGGAAACAUACGCGUCUCUUUAAUACCAGGGGAAAAUAAAAAAGUUUAAAUUGAUACACAUCUUUAACAGGGUUAGUGUACUGUUCUGUUCCCACAAGGCCAUAUCUCCACGUUACAGCGAGAGAGAAAAAAACAUCUGUAAUAAAGCAUUGCAUUCAUCUAUAAUCACAUUUACGUAGUGGCAUACAGUUGAGCAGACACUUAUUUAGGAUUUACAUUAUUAUUAUUUUUUUUGCAUGAUCUGCAUGAUCUGGAAAAACAUUGGCAUUACAUAAAAACAAAUGUCAUGCAGUUCUACGUCAUUUACAUGAUAGAAGACAUUUUAUACCAGACAAAUUGCCAAAUGCAGGCUACUGUGCAACUUGCUAUUCAGUAUCUUUGCAAAGAACCCCGGAUAGAUGAUGCCACUCAAGAACCUGCGAACUGCAAGGACAUGAUAGCUUGGGUGGAAUGCCUACCUGCUCCGAAUGUCAGCUGCCGCUUGUCCAACGGGACAGAGUUUCGGUUCAGCGAAGAGGAAGUGGGCUUCAACCAGAGCAUCCCCUGCAGGAAUGUGAGCGGUUACUCCUACAAAAUAGCAGUGGCCUUGUCCCUCUUCCUGGGGUGGUUAGGAGCUGAUCGCUUCUACCUGGGAUACCCAGCUUUAGGGCUGCUCAAGUUCUGCACUGUGGGCUUCUGUGGGAUUGGGAGCUUGGUGGAUUUCAUGUUGAUCUCAAUGCAGAUAGUGGGUCCAUCGGAUAAGUCUGACUACAUAGUGGACCACUACGGUGCCAGACUCACACGCCUCUCCAUUACCAACGACACCUAUAGAAGAACCCAGAUCUCACCCUGAGGGUGUGUACACGAGUAUAGCAUGUUAGACACGCCGCACCGGGGUACACUAGUAGCAUGUUAGAGACAACAGGCUUUGGUGAGUCAUUCGUGGUGUAAUUGUGGAAACCCAGAACAAACAUGUCAUGUAACUGCAUCAGCUACCAUUUACAUGUUAUGAAGUCUGUCCACGAGAGAUCUCUUUAUAACAGUUUGCACGUCUUUUCACCUAACGGUGUACAUACACUACCUAUCGAAAAGUAUGUGGACACUUGUUCGUCGAACAUCUCAUUCUAAAAUCAUGGGCAUUAAUAUGGAGUUGGUCCCCCUUUUGCUGCUACGACAGCCUCCACUCUUCUGGGAAGGCUUUCUACGAGAUGUUGGAACAUUGCUGCGUGGACUUGCUUCCAUUCAGCCACAAGAGCAUUAGUGAGGUCGGGCACUGAUGUUGGGCGAUUAGGCCUGGCUCGCAGUCGGCAUUCCAAUUCAUCCCAAAGGUAUUCGAUGGGGUUGAGGUCAGGGUUUUGUGCAGGCCAGUCAAGAUCUUCCACACCGAUUGCGACAAACCAUUUCUGUAUGGACCUUGCUUUUUGCACGGGGGCAUUGUCCUGCUGAAACAGGAAAGGGCGUGAUCCGAUUCCACUCAUUUGAAGGGGUGCCCACAUACUUUUGUAUAUGUUCUGUGUCAUUUUGAAUGUCCACUUAUUACAUCUGUAUGACAUUCAAAAUGACAUGUACAUGAGCCCACACUGUACAGUCUGCUAGGCAUCACAUGAGAAUUUAACAGGGACUCUAUCAAAUAUAUAAGUUCAACAACAACAAAAUACUGCAUGCAACCUCUUUUCUGUCAUUUCAGGGCGAAAGUGAAAAACAACAACAUGCCGUCUGAAUGCUGUCGUUUUUAAAUUAUGCCCCUUUUUUGGCAUCCUAUUUUUCACCCGACCAGUACCUACGAACUAUUCCGAGUCCACUUCUCCUGUCUGCAUGUACCCCCAAUGUCAGGAGUAGAGCCUGUGAAGCGAGACUUAGUCUCUCCUUGCUUCUUUGUCCUUCAUUCCUUGUCUUCUCCUCAAAAUGCAUUUGAAGAUCAAAUCUGAGGAGAUGAGGAAACAAGGAAAGACUUGAGAUUCACCCGUGGUCACAAGCUCAGGUCCCGGAGGGUUACAGUACAGGCUUUUGUUCCAACACAACAUUAGCCACUCUGUGUAGCUCUCCAGUACCAGUGGGUUGAUGACCACCCGCAUAGAGCUUCAAGUCAUCGUUGUUAUACUCCUAUGAGAAUCUAGAAUCUGCACUGAGAACGGUGUACUGUAAAUAUAAUGUCAUUUGUGCUUUUUGAGUAUGUCUGGCAGCAAGGGAACUAAUUGUACUGUAUGACUGUCUUUUUGCUUUCAUUUGUCAUUUGAGAUUUUUGUAAAUAAAGUGAUCAUUUAAUGAA